AUGGAAGGAGCUUCGACGGCGGGCGGAGGAGGCGGUCCGGCGCCGUUUUUGCUGAAGACAUACGACAUGGUGGAUGAUUCAGCGACAGACGAGAUCGUGUCGUGGAGCACGAACAAGAAGAGUUUCGUCGUUUGGAACCCGCCGGAGUUCGCUCGGCUUCUGCUCCCCACUUAUUUCAAGCACAACAACUUCUCUAGCUUCAUUCGUCAGCUCAAUACAUACGGAUUUCGAAAGAUUGAUCCAGAGAGAUGGGAAUUUGCUAAUGAAGACUUCAUACAAGAUCAAAAGCAUCUUCUUAAGAAUAUCCACCGCAGAAAACCCAUCCACAGCCACAGUAAUCCUCAAGGUUCUAUGGUAGAUCCGGAGAGAGCGGCUCUUGAUGACGAAAUAGAGAAGCUUUCACAUGAUAAAGCCACACUAGAGGCAAAUAUUUCAAGGUUCAAGCAGCAGCGAUCUGAUGCAAAGCUGCAGUUGGAAGACCUAACACAGCGGGGUGAAUUCCAUGGAACAACGGCAGAAGGAUUUGCUGAAAUUCUUAGAUAA